AUGGGUAAUAGAGAACAAGAAUUUGAAAAACUUUCUCAAGAAGCUAGAGAAUCUGCAUCAUAUUUAGCAAGUGAUGAAAAAUCAUCAACGUUGAAAACUUCAAGACGUUCCCCUGAAACUCAUACAAAAGAUGUGAAGCCUUGGGUUCAUUUUGUUGCUGGAGGUAUUGGAGGUAUGGCUGGUGCUAUUUGUACUUCACCUUUUGAUGUUGUUAAAACGAGAUUACAGAGUGAUGUUUAUAGAAGUUCGUAUUUACAUACAAUGAAGUCUCAAAAUAUAAUAUUACAAGCUGGUCAACAUUUUAAAGAAACUUUUGGAAUUAUAAAUAAUGUUUACAAAAGUGAAGGUUUUAGAGCUUUGUUUAAAGGUUUAGGGCCAAAUUUAGUUGGUGUUAUACCUGCAAGAUCAAUAAAUUUCUUCACUUAUGGUGUGGGGAAAGAUUUCAUAAGUAAAAAUUUCAAUAAUGGUGAAGAAGCUGCUUGGGUUCAUUUAAUUGCAGCUGUUAAUGCAGGUUUGGUAACAUCAACUGCAACUAAUCCAAUUUGGUUGGUUAAAACAAGAUUACAAUUAGAUAAGGCAUCUUCUAAACAAUAUAAAAACUCAUGGGAUUGUAUUAAAACUGUUUUGAAACAUGAAGGUAUUGCAGGUUUAUAUAAAGGUUUAAUGGCUUCAUAUUUAGGUUCUGUGGAGAGUACUUUACAAUGGGUUCUUUAUGAACAAAUGAAGACUAUUAUUUCUCAAAAGGCAUUACAAAGAGAACAAGAAGGUCGUGAAAGAACUAAAUUGGAUUCAUUUUUAGAAUGGUCUGCAAGAUCAGGUUCUGCAGGUUUUGCAAAAUUCAUUGCAUCAAUGAUUACUUAUCCUCAUGAAGUUAUUAGAACAAGAUUAAGACAAGCUCCAUUAGAACAUGGUCGUCCUAAAUAUACUGGUGUUAUACAAUGUUUCAAAUUGGUUGUUAAAGAAGAAGGGUUGGCUUCCAUGUAUGGUGGAUUAACACCUCAUUUAUUAAGAACUGUUCCAAAUAGUAUUAUUAUGUUUGGUACUUGGGAAUUGGUUAUAAAGUUGUUAUCAUAG